GGGCGGGACCGCUCCCCGGCUAUUAAUAGCCGUGUCCGGCGGGCGGCGGGCAGAACCCGGCGACCAUGCAGGGGAACGGGCAGCAGGCGGGGAAGGGACGCGAGGAGCACCUGGCCGGGGUCGGGGCGGCGGAUGGCGGGCUGCAGGCGGCGGCUGUGCCCAUGCUGCCGGCCAUGGAGCUGGCCGAGGAGCCGGAGAAGCCUCCGGGCGGCAAGGGCAAGGAUCCCAACACCUACAAAGUGCUCUCGCUGGUACUCUGUGUCUGCAUGUUAACGACAAUCCUAGGAUGUAUAUUUGGCCUGAAGCCAAGCUGUUCAAAAGAUGUGAAAACCUGCAAAGGUCGUUGCUUUGAAAGGACCUUUGGAAGCUGCCGUUGUGAUAAAGAUUGUGUCAAGCUUGGAAACUGCUGCUUAGAUUACCAGGAAGCAUGUAUACAACCAGCCCACAUAUGGACCUGCAAUAAAUUCAGGUGUGGAGAAAAGAGGCGACCAGAAUAUCGUUGUUCCUGUUCAGAUGAUUGUGUGGAAAACAAAGAUUGCUGUGUCAAUUAUCAAGCUGUUUGUAAAGGAGAGGCAAGCUGGGUUGAAGAAGAGUGUGAGAACAUUACUGAACCUCAGUGUCCAAAAGGAUUUACCAAGUCUCCAGUGCUACUAUUUUCAUUGGAUGGCUUCAGAGCAGAAUAUUUGCAGACUUGGGGUGGACUCCUACCUGUAAUUAGCAAAUUACAGAAAUGUGGAACAUCCACUUCCAAUAUGAGACCAGUGUAUCCUUCAAAAACCUUUCCUAACCAUUACUCCAUUGUCACAGGGCUGUAUCCCGAAUCUCAUGGUAUAAUUGAUAACAAGAUGUAUGACCCCAAAAGAAAUGCAUCCUUCACCCUUAAAAGUAAGGAGAAGUUUAAUCCACAGUGGUACCAAGGCCAGCCUAUUUGGCUCACGGCCAUGUACCAAGGGCUGAAAGCAGGGACCUUCUUCUGGCCUGGGUCUGAUGUAGCAGUGAAUGGAACCUUUCCAAACCUGUAUGAAAUAUACAAUGGCUCAAUCCCCUUUGAAGAAAGAGUGGUGACUGUCCUUCGCUGGCUGCAGCUACCUGAAGAUGAAAGACCACACUUUUACACUCUGUAUUUAGAAGAACCAGAUUCCUCGGGCCAUAAGUUUGGACCAGUAAGCAGUGGAGUCAUUAUGGCAUUACAGAGAGUGGACCAAAUAGUAGGGAUGCUGAUGGAUGGUCUAAAGCAAAUGAACUUGCAUAAAUGCCUGAACAUUAUUUUUAUAUCAGAUCAUGGGAUGGAAGUAGGGAGCUGCAGAAAAACAGCAUAUCUGGACAGCUAUCUCGACAAUGUUCAAGAUUUCAUAGUUGUGCCUGGCCCUGCAGCUCGCCUAAGACCUAAUAAUGUUCCAGAUGAGUAUUUCUCUUUUAAUUAUGAAGGCGUUGUCAGAAACCUCACGUGCAUAAAACCAAACCAGCCUUUCAAAGCUUACAUGAAACAGCUGCUACCCAAGCGUUUCCAUUAUUCCUAUAAUGACCGGAUCGAACCGCUGCACUUUUAUUUAGACUCCCAAUGGCAGCUUGCUCGAAAACCACUUGAGAUUAAAAGCUGCAAAGGUGGAUUCCAUGGCUCAGACAAUCGCUUCCCCAAUAUGCAGGCUAUCUUUAUUGGUUUUGGACCAGGAUUCAAGUUUGGUACUCAAGUUGAUCCAUUUGAAAACAUUGAAGUAUAUAAUUUAAUGUGUGAUUUGCUUGGUUUGAAACCAGCCCCAAACAAUGGAACUCAUGGACGCCUAAACCAUCUAUUAAAGCACCCUGUUUACACCCCCCACCAUCCCAAAGAAACAAGUCAUCCUUCUGAAUGUUCUGUGGUGGGAGAAAGAGCCUUUUCAGUGAGCCCAGGCUGCUCCUGCAGGACAGGGGGCUUGCCAAUAAGGGAUUUUCAUCAGCGUUUAAAUCUUACUGAAACAGAAGUUGUGAAGACAGAGGAACUUAAUCUGCCCUAUGGACGGCCCAGGGUUCUGCAGAAAAAACAUAAUUACUGCCUCCUUUACCAUUACCGCUACGUGAGCGGGUACAGCAGGGACUACAGGAUGUCUCUGUGGAGCGCCUACACUGUUGGCAAAGAUGACAAAUGGAUUUCUUCUACAGGAGCUGCCUCCAGCUGUUUGCACAAAGAUGUUCGUAUCUCACAGAAUCAUAACCAGACCUGCUUGUUUUACAACAAUCAUCCUCGCUUAACUUAUGGAUUUCUUGCUCCUCCAGAUUUUAUGACAGAUGCAAGGAAACCUCACUACGAUGCCUUGCUUACCAGCAACAUUGUGCCAAUGUAUCCUGCAUUUAAAGUGUUAUGGAACUACUUCCACCAACAUCUGCUACCUGAAUAUGCUGCAGCCAGGAAUGGUGUCAAUGUAGUCAGUGGUCCUGUGUUUGAUUAUGACUCUGAUGGCCUCUAUGAUACCCCAGAAAAGUUGAAAAGAUACCCUGGUAAUUCAGAAGUUCCAGUUCCGACUCACUUCUUCAUUGUGCUAACUAGCUGUAAAAAUACUUCUGAGACUCCCCUGGAGUGUGAAGGGUCUCUAGAUGCCUUGUCUUUCAUUGUACCUCACAGAGAAGACAACAGUGAAAGCUGUGCAGAUGGCAAGUCUGAGUCCAUGUGGGUUGAAGAGAGAAUGAAGUUUCAUACAGCUCGGAUCAGAGAUAUAGAAUUACUUACUGGACUCAGCUUCUAUCAAGACAGAAAACAGCCAAUAUCUGACAUUUUACAGUUAAAAACAUAUUUACCAACUUUUGAGACAGUCUAAUUUUUCCUAUGGAAUGUUGUUAUUCAUGUCACAACUGAUUUGUAAAUAGACUUUUUUUAAUUAAUGAAACCUUUUUUAAAAAAAAUAAGCUGGAACUUUUAUUGAGAACUCUUGACCAAAAUGCCAGUAGAGAGGAGAGUGGGUGCCACAUUUGUAUCUCAGGGACUCCUGAUGGACUAUGCUUGUGACACAGGAUGGCAGCGCCUGUCAUUCCCACUUGGAUGUGGUAGAACCAAGUCCAUUAUUAUGUUAACAUCAUUUGGUCAUCAUAGUCUGAGACACGAACACAAAUGCUAUCUUUGAUACGCACUGGAGGGGGGGAAUUUUAUAAAGCAUGGUUUAUGAUCAGUAUUCUACUUUAAAAAUGCAGACAAUUCGCAAAAUACAGUUCUGGGAAUGAACUACAUUCUUGGUGAUCAUUGAAAUCUAAACAAAAGCACUCUUCUCACUCCAGUUUUUCUUGAAGUGUGAAUUGCAUCUGAGCU